AUGCCGACAAUGGAAGGCCCUCUUUUGAAAACUGCCUCAAUCGAGCCAUCUUCUUCGCUUGCAAGUACGCCUCCAAGCGCGAUUGUGCCGAGCAAUGGGCCAAGUGCUUCGGAUAUGCAAUACUAUUACCAGUUCCUAUAUCCUUUCAAAUCAGUAUUCGAAUGGCUUAAUCACUCGCCCAAACCUUGUCGAGAUAUGACGCACAGGGAAUUUGCCAUGGCUUUCAGAUCAGGAGCAUACAAGAGAUACAAUUCGUUCAAUUCCGUACAGGAAUUUAAAACUCAAAUCCAGCGUGGUAAUCCUGACAGGUUCGAAAUUGGUGCUAUUUAUAAUAAACCUCCACGAGACCGUGAUUCAGUCCUCAAAACAGAAAUGAAACCUUGUGAAAAGGAGGUAGUCUUCGAUAUAGAUAUGGACGACUACGAUGCGUACAGAACAUGCUGCUCGGGCGCCAACGUUUGCAGCAAAUGCUGGAAGUUCAUCUCACUUGCCAUGAAAAUCAUUAAUAUCGCUUUAUCAGAAGAUUUUGGUUAUGAAGACUUCAUCUGGAUUUUUUCUGGGAGGCGUGGUGCGCAUUGCUGGGUAAGCGAUAAACGUGCCCGCACCUUGAGUGACAUUCAACGUAGAAAUGUUCUAGAUUACAUGAACGUUGUGAGAGAUCGAAACGUUGGAAAGAGACUUAACUUGAAAAGACCCUACCAUCCGCAUCUAACACGCUCGCUUGAAAUUCUUAAACCUUAUUUUGUGGAUGUGAUUCUGAAAGAACAAAAUCCAUGGGAAAAUGAUGAAGACGCUAUCGCAAACCUUCUUCCUGGCUUGCACGAUAAGCAACUCAUCGAACUAUUGAAAAAAUACUGGAAAUCCAACCCUAAGCGGUCGAGUGAGCAAAAAUGGAGCGAUAUCGACAUUACCGCUGGACAAAUAAAACAUGCCUCAAAUACCAAAAAACAAGAAUUUUUCAAUAGACUACGUGAGUCCAAAGAAGAUCUAGUAAUGGUUACUUUAUAUCCUAAACUCGAUGUCGAAGUAACAAAGCAGACAAUUCACUUGUUAAAGGCCCCAUUUUGCAUACACCCCGCCACCGGUAACGUUUGUGUACCAAUAACCGAAGGCUUCACUCCUUCAGACGCGCCAAGACUUAUUGAACUACAGCAACAAAUGGAGAGUAAUGGAAAUAUUGUCGAAGAAACAUCCUUGAAACCUUACUUAAGCCAUUUCCAUAAUUUUGUGAAGAAUUUGAUGAGGAAAGAGCUCAAGCAAUCGAAGAGAGAGCGGGAAGAUGAAACAGAAAUAGAUUUCUGA